CAGCAGCUGCAGCAGGCCCGCUUCCCACACUUCAAUCGCUUCCCAACUGAGAUACAGGGAUUAAUCUUCACCGAGGCAAUUGGCAAGCCCAACAUCCACGUGGUCAGGGCAAUCCGCCGCGUCGAUCACCACCUUGGGACCUGGCACCUGGACUUUGCUCCAGUCCCGAAGAGGGAGGACAAGUCGGGCUUUCGCGGACUCAUCAACAUCGCGGCAGUCAGCCAAGUGGCACAUGGCGCUGUGCAUCUUGCCACGCUGAGGGACGGGACCCGACUGCCUUUCAAGGCCCUAGUCGCUUACACCGAUCACAAGGAAGAUCUCGUGGUGGUGGACAUGCCGAACUCCACAUCGCCCGUAUUUGGCUACUUUCAUGGUGUCAAUCAGAUCCUCAACCCCGCGGGAGGCCUGUUCAACUCGAACAACCUGGCAGCGAAGUUCUCGAACAUCCAGAAGGUUGCACUGAAGUACAGCCAGCGACAUCACACGGCACACAGCAUCAGGGCCAACUUCCGGUGCCCCAGAGUCACCGACGAGCACGUCAAACAUCAGCAAUGGCACAUGUGCCCGGAGGAAGUGUGCGGCUUCCUCAACUGCUUUCCCAGCCUUCGCGAGUUCUACAUCGUC